AUGUCAGACAACGACAACUUUGCUGUUCCUGCUCCAAGGAAACCUGCUCGCCGGCCAGCUAGUACGGCUGAAGAACAUACCUCGGAUACGAUUGUGCCUACACACGAUUCGAAUGUUGCUACGACGACCACGACUACCACCACCACAAGUGCUGAACCACCUCAGGCUCCACCUCUUGCAUAUGAGAAACCACAGUGGGGUGCCGUCGCUUCACACGAUUACGGCUUUGAAAUACUCAAAGGAGGCAUCAGCAUUGAAAAGAUCCAAGGUCCCAAGAAAGACGUGAUCACGAUCGGACGAUUGCCUCUAUGUGACAUUCAAAUGGAGCACCCUAGCAUAUCACGUUAUCAUGCAGUGUUACAGUUCAAUCAUGACGGCAAUGCCUUUAUCUAUGACAUGGACAGCGCCCAUGGGACGCGUCUCAACAAGCAACGUGUUCCUCCACGUAUCCAUUUACCAUUACGUCCUGGUGACCAGCUUCGAUUUGGUGAAAGCACACGCAUCUGCAUCUUUGAAACGGACAAGGAGUUGGAUGAGGAUUUGGAACAAGAGCACGUAAGAAAAGAGGCAAAGCGCGCUAUUAGUGUGCAAUCCAUAGCGCCUCGGGAUCAAGAAGAGGAUGAAGGCGCUACUUGGGGUUUUGCUGAAGAUGCUGUUGAGGAACCCGAUGAAGACGAUGAGGAGGAGAGUGGUGGAAAAGGAAAGAAGUCUGCUGAUGCUGAUUUGAUCAACAUUGCACAAGAAAAAAUGAUGGCUGAGGAAGCAAAGAGAAGACGAGAAGAACUAGAAAUCAUGUUUGGCGAUGAUAGCGAUGAAGAAGCAUUUUAUGAUCGUACAGCACGCAAGAAGAAGAAAGUGAAAAAGGAGGAAAAGGCAGAGACCCAUGAUGAGCUUGUGGAGCGUGCAAGGCAAUCUCAAAAGCAGAUCGAUGCGUUGGAAAAAGAGAUCGAGCAAAGGAAACAAGAAGAUGCUGCUAAGAAGGAACAAGAGAAGACUACCGAGGAAGAAGAACAAGAUUUGGAUGCGUACAUGAAGAGCUUAAACAAGAAACCUGAGAACAAGCCAUCCGUGUUGAAGAUGCAGAGUGAUCUCAAUAAGCUGAAAAAGGUAACAAUUGUAACCACGAUUGUGUAUUUGUAA